AUGACGCUUGUGCUCAGAGUGUCUGGGGCUGAUGGCGUUAACGGACGGAAUGGAUUCAGUUCAGCAAUCUCUAGCGGAGGAUAUAAAGAUGGGAACAAUGGAGAGAAUGCGACAAAACCGACCAGUGGAAGUGAUGCCGGAGAUAUCGACCUGGAACUCACUGAGAGAUAUAGCACUAUUGGCGUCUCGAUUGAAUUUUCAGGCCGGUAUUGUAUGUCAGGAACCCAUGCUGAACUUUUUAAAAAAAUAUACACAUGUGCUACCGUUAAUUGGUUUACGCUGGAAGCUCGCGGAGGAAACGGGGGACAUGGGGGUAAUGGUGGAAAUGGGGGGAAUGGUGCCACUGGUACUCCCGGAGUAAAUGCUACUCGUCAUCGACUAAUUUCUGUCAAUGAUGAAGAUACUCCUCUGGAACCAAUGGAGGAAGAGGUGGCGAUGGUGGUGAUGCAGGCGCAGGAACUAGGUCAUGGCGCCGAUGGCGGAAAAGGUGGUACAAUUACUUUGCGCAUGCACGAUACUGAUUCAGGAUUGUUAAUGAUGUUUGUGAAGGCAUGGACUCCAAAAAUUUCUUACAGUUUAAAUGUGAGUGGAGGAGAUAGAGGAAAAGCUGGUCAUCAUGGGAUACCAGGUUGCGGAGGACCAGGUGGCAUUGGUGGAUCAAGUUAUUCAUGGACAGAAACGAGCUACUCCUACGAUUCCCAAGGGAAUCAAGUAGCCUAUACUACAACCUAUUGUAAUCCAGGUGGCAUGUCAGGCUUUAGUGGUAAUUCUGGACGAAAACCAACGCAUCUUCUUUAUGACGGUAGGACAGGAGAUAACGGAAAUUUACGAUUCCUGAUUAAAGACAGUGUCACGAACAAAGUCACAACAUACAGCGAAAUUUUUGAUAUACGUUUGUAUCAUGUCGUUGCUCGCUCCGCCACAGGGGUUUUUGAACCCGAAGCUCAAAUUCACAUAGAUAAUUUGACGGUUCACAAUAUAUCUACAAUGCCUACACCGAGACGUAUGUAUCUGAUUCGCAGAGGAGAUAUCUGCCUUACUAUUAAUGACAGCACAUGGAUUCAUAACCGAGUGAUGAAGGAACACACUAUGUUGCCGCAUCUGAUCGAACCUCGCAGCUCCCAAAAAGUUUAUUGCCAUCAACCAUUUUCAUUUUUUCUCAAGAAACAUGCAGUGAAUCAGCCAGGACCGCCCCUUCGAGCAACCGACAUGUUGCACUUGACAGCGACAAUGACAGGGCUUCAAAGGGUGUUUCCAGCUUUUGAUAUCAAUGGCCGUCCUAUUAACAUUAAAUAUCCUAUUGAGUUUACACAUAUUUCACACAUGAACUCCAUGGUUGUUGGUCAUGUAGUCAAAGUCCUCUGGGGUGUGAGAAACACAUCUGAAGUGGAUUUCGGUGCUUUUUCCCAAAAUGGGCGUCGCAUUCGUGUUAGACUAGACAAAACGGGCGGAGAGGUUUCGCGUUCUGCCUUGCAGUUCGGCCUGCACCCAAAGCAGCAAGGAACUGCCACCGUCCCCCCGGUGCAGACUAUGGAAAGUGAAUAUAUUUUCGAAAUUCCUUUGCUAAGAGCUGGCCAGACGCUACAUUUGGAGGCUUCCUUAAAGUUGAGUGAAGCGGAGCCCUUUGAAUGUGCAGAAUUUUGGUUAUACCUGGAACUUGGAAAGAUCGCCACUCCCUCCAUACCAAAAGUCGUUCACAUUCAAUCCUUUGAUGUCAGAGUGUCGACAAUCUACCGCGGCUUCCCCGCAGGUUUCCACCCAGACAUACUACUAGUCGCGAAUCACAAAACAACACGCAAAGAAUAUUUAGCUUGGGUCAACUUGAUCAAGCAACAGCUCGGUCUUCGGUUCUUUGUGUGGGAUAUAUCGCAAAUGGGACAUUUUGACUUCACUAGACCUAUACCGACCCUUUUUUCGAAUGUGCCUACCACGUUAAUGAAGGAUCUUAUUGGCAAGUCAAUGAUUAUACUGGAUAAUACGUUUGAGUAUGGAAAUAAUGCUCAAAAGGUUACAGCACGUAAUUUUAUGUUGAAGGAUCAGUGGUUGCAAGCAAUACAUGAAACUGACAACAAGUUUGUUUCUAUAUUGUUCUCUGUCAAAUUCUUUUUCCCUCUCUUUAAGCUUACACAAUCUGUUUCAAACUUUUUCAUCGAAAGAUUUUAUGUAGUUAAUCCCAGCGCCAGCAUAAAUGCCUGCGUAGCUGCAUUGGAUGAGUUAAUAAAGACGCCUUUUGAAGCACGGAGACAGAAUAAGUUUACAUUUGAGCGUGUUAAUAAUUUUACGCGACAUUUAAUAGCAAAAACGGAUGAUUCCUCGAAAGAUGCAGGUCAAAAGGACGAAAAUUCGAUGUCAGAUGAUAAUGAGAGCAUUCUCACACGAGUAAAUAGCACAAAAUUCCUUGAUGAUGCCUCUGUCGAUACCGCUGGCCCUACGCAAUUGAUUGAUGAAAUCAUUGAAGUGCAAAUCAAAGCCAAACUUUUCCACAAAAUGGAGACGCGAAUGGCCAAGAAGGCCACAAAAGUCGAUGACAAGUUGAAAAAGCUUCGUCCUCAUAUCCAGCAUCUUGUACUUUAUCGAUGGCAUAAGGCGAAAAAAUCCCUAUUUCAGAACAGUAAGAGUUGUGAAAAAACAGGUGGAUGUAUAACGAUCGUACCAUCUAUGACUACUACAAAACGAAGGGUUAUCUUUGCAGCAGCAGCUUGGGAUGAGAGUCCUAUGAAAUUUAUUUCAACGACGAUGAACUUAAGAGGCGUUAUUGCAAGCCUAGGGAUUGAUAUCCACUUUCGUCUGUUAGAAAGAAUUUUUGUUACUGGACCUUUCAGUGAAGAUAACGAAACUGAUGACAUUUACCUGUUCCUCACGGGCGGUCACCGAAUACUUAACGAGAGUGAAAAACAGUUGGCAGAAAUACUCAAGCAGCAGAUUGUUUAUGAUAUUGUUGUGGAGUUAUCAAUUAUAUGUGAUGGAAUUGGAAGCAAUUCUUCUCUUGGAGAUGUGCAGGUUCUGGAGAUGAUGGAAAACUUGCAACGUUUGGUCUGGAAGGUGGAAUCAUUAAGCGGAAGAAUUAGUCUCCCAGUGGAAGAAACUGAAGAAAAUCUAUUGCCAACAAUUUCCGAAGAACAUGAGAACACUUCAUACCAUACAAAGGAACCAGAUCAAGUGAAGUUCGAUCAGAACAAUUAUUACGGUGAUGUGGGAAGAAAAAUUCUUUUGAUUCAUGGUGAGCUUGCUAUGCAUAACGUACCAGGUACAACCACUGUUGGUGAUUUUAGUGAAAAGACAGAAACAAUUCUCUACAUGUUUCCCGUCAGACAAGACACACCUCUUGGCGAGUGGAUGUUGGACGCACUGGCUCAGCUUUACGCCUACAUUAAAUGUCUCAGAGCUGGAAUCCAUCAAUCCCUUUUGCCAAACCGAAGGACUGCUAAGGUACAGCAGCAAUCUAUGGAUCUCCUUCAUCGUAUUGGAGAUGCCACGAUUGUUGAUUUUACUGAUCCGAGAUCUUCGGUCAAGUUGGAAUCUUUGCGUCAAAAACAGUCAACAGCAUUUGAAAAUCAAGCAUCAAUAAUCAAUAAGGAGUUGCCUGCUCUGCCAGAAUCUCCCAUUGUCAAUGAUGAAAAAUCAAAAAGACUGCUACCAUCCAUGUCUGUGAGGAAGCUAACUCGCACCCCGAGUAAUUCAACUUCCUCAUCGACUCUCGUUUCAAAUCAAUCCAAUAAAUAUUCCGUUCUUUCAUCAUCAAUGUCUAUCGCUUCUGGCCUUUCGUUUGCGUCCGCCAUGUCAAGUGCGACAAGGGCAUCUUCAUUUAAUUUUUUUUCCAGCGGUACGUCGGCUUCUCGCUCUCGCAUCCCGUAUAAACAACUGGAUCCAAAACGCCGACAGACUAUUAAAUCAUUUAAAAGAGGAGCGAAGUCACAACUUCGCAACAUGAUUCAGGAGCAUUACAAGAAGUGGAAGAAAAGUGCAAACUAUCGUCUUGGCGGUAUUUUUGAUCCAACAAAAAAUGUUCUGCGCCGUAAUGCCAUGGAAGCCAUUUUCAGACCUUUUGAAUCAUUAGUCGACAACACAUUGUAUGGACGUAACCUACAGAAGAAAAGAGACGGGCAAGUCGGAGGUGUGAAGAAUAUAAUUGUCUCGGUCCCAAAAUAUGCACAACAGAGAGCGGAAGAGGCACAAAGGAUCAACAGUAUGGCAGACAUGAUUUCUAACUUCUUUGAUUUCAAGAAUAAAAUGAUUAAUGGAUCGAUUAAAGUUUUUUCACAAAAACUGUUACUAAGUCUAUUUCAACAAUACGAAAGCGAACAUUUAACAUCCUUUCAUAAUCACCUCCUCAACAAUGAUGGGUGCAGCUUGUUUUAUGAAACUUUUUGA